AUGGCUCGGGAGCGCCGGCUCUUAGAUACCAAACGUCACGCUGCUCAAAGAGCUGCUGAGACAGAGGAGCCGAGGCAGGAGCGACGGCUCUUAGAUGCCGGCCGUCAUGCAACUCAAAGAGCUACUGAGACCGCUGACAUGAGUCGUGAGCGCCGGCUGUUAGACACCGAACGUCAUGCUGCUAAAAGAGCUGCUGAGACAGAACAGAUGGCUCGGGAGCGCCGGCUCUUAGAUGCUAGGCGUCAUGCAACUCAAAGAGCUGCUGAAACAGAAGAGAUGGCUCGGGAGCACCGGCUCUUAGACACCGAACGUCACGUUGCUCAAAGAGCUGCUGAGACUGAGUUGAGGCAGGAGCGACGGCCUUUAGACGCCAGGCGUCAUGCUACUCAAAGAGCUUCCGAAACUGUAGAUCAAACUCGAAAUCACAUGAAAAAUCUCAAAGACGACGUGUUCUAUUAG